AUGACGGAUUCCGCCGCUCUCAGCGGCCUACCCACGGAACUACUGGAGCGCAUCGCCCAGUACACUGGAGGCGACAUCAAAUACCUUCGUCUUACAUCCCGCCAUGUCGCCGCUCAGGUCCUAGGUGUCUUCAGAAAGGCGUACUUUACAGACCUCACAGUUUUUCUGGCCACGGAGUCAAGUCUACGCAAGGCAGUAGAUGUCAUCGGUCAUCAAGCCCUCGGGCCCACUGUGCGGAAGCUUGUACUUGUCGACGAUCUGCUGUCGGACUGGAAACCAUCCUGGGGGGCCCGCAGCGAGCCGGAGGAUGCUAUUCAUCGGGCUCAAUCGGAAUUGCACGGACGACGAGAGGACAUCCGCUUGCUCACUGAGCUCUUUCGCAAAUGUGGGCGAAGCAGCAGGCGAGUGUCGACUAUCCACUACCAGGGCUUUAUUGACGGCAAGCAUGGCCCGCGGCGGGAAGAGAAAGAAUUCGACUACGAUCAUCGCUCCCCUCUCAUCAACAACGAGAAAUGUUUCGUUCGUGCAAUGAAUGCCUUGGUUAACUCCGGAGCACAUUUCGAGUCGUUCACUAUGAACACGGACAUUUGCCCGGACGAACUUUACUCGGACAGCAUGAGAGGGAUCAAGGUGGUAAAGUGCGGUCAAGAUGAUUACAAGAAACUUGCGUGCACGGCGGCACUUCAUCGUUUUGACACGCUAGACCUGACAUUAGACGAUGGCUUUGGAGACGAAGAGGACGAAUCUGGGCAGAUCGAUUUCCUUUCGAGCUUUCCUCACGCCAAAGUCCGAGCUUUGAACGUCAGGCCCAGCGUAGAAGACGACUUGAACGACUACGGGGCACCAACCACCUGGAUCUCUUCCUCUGUGACCGCUGCGUUUCUGAGCCUGACUUUUCCCGCUAUGCACACUUUAACGCUCCGUUGGAUCCGAACGGACUGGGGCCCCUUACUCGCCUUUCUCAAGCGCCAGACGAAGCUGCCGACCAAGGGCAGCCUUGCGGUCAUGGGCGAGAGAGAGUACUGUCCUCUUGGUACCGGAACAGCACGAAACGCCGAGCGUUCAGCCUCGCGACAUGGGCCACGGCUUGAUGGCGACUCACGAUCAGCACAGCGUGGCACUAUGUUCCCAAAGCCUGUGAAGGAUGGCGCUCCUCAGUCGCAGGAUCCGACCCCGGGUUUCUGUUGGCAUCAGGGCGUACAAGCAGGAAUCGUUGUCCAAGAAAAUCCGGAUCGGAGUCCGAGCAAAGACAUGAUCAUUGCUCGAGGAUCUCUUCUCGACAGAGCUCGCGGCGCCGAACAGCAUGUAGCAGCAGGAAGCGAUCACGACUCGGACAUAUCCGCUGUACCAGCUGGUCGGCCGAAGCAGAACUGCCAGCCUCACAUGUCUGGGCAUAUCUCGGGUCUUAGCCACCGCAGUCGACUAAGCAUCAACUUUCCAGCGCUCUUUCCUCAACGCCAGCUCACACCGUUCUUCCGUCAUCAGCCAUUCUCAGCUUCACGACAUCAACUACGUCCACGCACCACUGCCCUCAACAACCAAGUUCCGACAUUUCAAGAAGUGACAGCAAGCGCUUUCCGCGACAUGGAAUCAUCCGCCAGCCUCACCGGCGUGCCGAUCGAAAUGCUCGAGCUCAUCGCUCAACACACGGGAAACGACAUGAAGAAGCUUCGGCUGGUCUCUCGACACAUUGCCGACGGGAUCUCGAAGGUCUACAAGCAGACAUUCUUUACAGACGUGAAAGUAUUCGUUGCAACUAAGUGGAGCAUGCAGACCGCAAUCAAGAUUAUGGACAGCGCGAAUCUUGGCCCUGCGGUUCGGCGGCUUGUGCUUGUUGACGACGGAUUUCUGGACAGGAACGCUCGUCGUCGCGGCGCGCGACGAUGCUCGGAGGAGCUCGCGCAGCGUGCGAUGCGGCUCAAAGGAGAAGACCUGAGUCUGCUCACUGAGCUCUUUCGGAAGUUCGAACGGCCUGGGAUUUCAUCGACCAUACAUCUCAAAGCAUAUGUCGAGGAUGAAGAUGGCCCAGCUCGGGGGUUCGACAAUCUCAAGUUACAACCCAACGACAUCACAUUCAUUAUGGUGAUGCGCGCAAUAGUGCUUUCUGGCGCAUCCUUCGACUCGUUCACAAUGGACAAGACGGUAAAUGCUGGGGACGACCAUGGCAGAGACAAUUUUGCUGGAAUUCGUGUGGGUGCUUGCGAACAAGACCCAUACCAGACCAUCGUGUGCAUAGCGGCAUUUCACCGCUUCAAGACCCUGGAUCUCAUUCUGCAGGCUGGUGAAGAUUGGACCGAGAUCGUCGGCGAAGACCUCAUCUCCAUCCUACCGCACUCCAAAAUCCGAUCACUCAAGAUUAGACCCGAGCUGGACACCAGUGAGAGCACUGACGACUGUGACGGCCAGCUACUCGAGGAGCUUUUGAAGUUCGACUUCCCGGCCAUGGAGUCGUUCACGCUUCGCAAGGUCGUCAUCGACUGGGAGCCUCUCGUGUCAUUCCUUGCACGACAGGAAAAGCUACGCUAUCUUGAUUUCUCCAGCAUGUCGGUCAGCCGCGUCCCCGUGGAAAUCGCCUGGUCUGAGGAUCCCACCGAAACCCUCGAAGACUACGAGGCUCUGACGGCACUGCUUGGUCUCUCCUUUACUCACCUUGAUCGCUCGUUCAAGCGGCAAAGAAAACAGAGCUCGUACCGCCGUUCGCCACUUUGCGGUGCACUCUUGCCCGCAGCCUACGAGUGCAGAGCUCGGAUCGAAGCAGCGGUAGCCCACGAUGCCGUCGCAGGCAUGGCUAAACGCAUAGCUUCACACUUUUUGUUCUUUCGGUAUCAAAACUUCUUCAACCCCCUCCUCUCCCACUUCAAUCGUGCUCAUAUCAUGUACCUCAAUUCUCUUCCCAACCGCCUCGCCCUCGAGUGA